UUAUAGAAAUCGCAAUCGUGUGGUUGUGGCAACGUUUGGUGACGUUUAGCCAGCAGCUUGAAACGCGCGACGGUGGCCAGCUUCAUGUUUACGGCCCACCAGUUCAGUGUUGUGAAGAGACUCUGGGCGAGAAAAGCCUCCGCGCUUCGGCUAAACAACGGCAUACGCGCAAACUUGUUUUCUAAAUCAAGCGCAACCCGAAACAUGUUUGAUACGGUUUGGAAGAAGGUGAAGAUUGUUUGUGAGCGUGUGUUGAGGUUUUAACGCCAACAAAAACAGAGCAGUGGUAAAGUGCAAUUGUCGGCUUUCUGGUGAAAUGGAAAGCGCUAGCGUAAGUGUAACGACGCGCGUUGGAGAGAUCUGGAGCAAGGUGAAGCAAUUCAUCACCAUCGAACCGGUGAUCGUUUUCUACAUCUUCGGGGUGGUUUGCGGCACAGCGUUUAAGGUGUUCGAGUACGAAAAGGCGUGCGCUACCAAGCUCGGUGUUGACCUGCGGGUCUGUGAGUAUUUUGUUGAGCUGGAAGAUGAUGACAUAUGCUCCGAGCCAGACGAUACAAACCGAACGCUUGCCGGUGUGGCGAACUUUAGCGAGUUUCGAAGUUUGGUUUGCGAAGCGCAACAACAAUCUACGAACGCGGUUGUUUUUUUGAACUCGUACCGUAGCAUCAUUGUGGGUAUUGUGCAAGCUGUGGUGCUGCUGUUUGCUGGCAGUUGGAGCGAUCGUGUUGGGCUGAGAAAACCCUGCAUUCUGGUGCCGAUUGCUGCGGAUAUCGUGGCAUUUAGUUUUUACAUCGUGAGUGCCAUAUUUAUGCGCGAAAUACCGCUGGAAGUUGCAGGAAUUGUACCGAACCUAAUAAUUGCAUUUAGUGGAGGUGUACCGUUGGUAGUCACCGGCAUCUACAGCUAUCUGACCGUGUGUACGGAUGAGAAAGAUCGCACGUUUCGGUUUGCUUGUACCGCGGUUGUGUACGCCACCGUACCGAUCGUGGCCAACUUCUUCAGUGGACAUCUGUUCAAGUACUUUGGAUUUAUAAAACUUUGUGCACUGUGUAUUGUGACUGACAGUAUCGGUCUGCUGUACGGGUUGUUUGUCCUGAAGGAACCGGCCGCGCUUAAAGCCACCAACCAGAGUAAUGAGGCGGAUGUUAAGCUGUCCAAACCAACCGUGCGCCAGCUGUUUGACGUUGGGUUGGUGGUGGAUUGCGUGAAAGUGUUUCUCAAAAAGCGGGACUUCAAUUGCCGGAACAUCCUGUACCUGACCGUGCUGGCGUACUUCAUCAACUAUGGCGCCAUCGGUGACGGGGAAUCGGCCGCCAUCCUGGCGUACGUCCAGUUCAACUGGAUAACCAAUCUCGGCACCUGGAUAUCGUACGAUCUGCUAACGACCAUGCUGGGAACGCUUUUGGCCAUGGGUGUGCUGAGCAAACGGCUCGGCGUUUCGGACGCGAUGAUUUGUGUGUUUUCCGUGUGCUUCUCGCUGGUGGGAAAACCGAUCAUGGCCGUUGCUGUCUCGACCAUGAAACCAUACCUGUACUACGUCGCCACCUCGAUCGAUGUGUUCGAGGGUAGCAAAAUGAUCGCAAUCCGGAGCAUCGUAUCGAAGCUGGUUGGCCAGGAUGAGAUUGGAAAAAUGCUGUCCAUACUGGGAAUUGUGGAUUCUGCUCAGGUUGCCAUCUAUCCGACGAUCUACAGCACGGUUUAUUUGAAGAGCCAAUCGUUCUUCGUCGGCAGCGUGUUCCUACUCAGUGAAGCGUUUCUGCUGGUCUCGCUGGGAAUUUAUGGAAUGCUGUUCCUGAUGUCCCGACGAUCGGAAUAUGAUAAAAACAGCGCACAGUCAUCCACCAAGCAGGGGAUCGAUAAUCCUGCAGUGGAUAUUACUGCACUUUGAUGAUUUUAUCUGCAUCCCACGAAACGUCAUAGCCACCAUACCCACCACCUGAGAAGUGCUCGGGAGUCGAGUUUGAGAUGCGAUAUUUCGUUUUGCAUUAAUCGGGGCAAACCGGGGAACGGGCUGGGUGGGUUUGUGACUGUGAGCUAGUGAAAUAAGACGCCAGAGCAUUGGCAGGAAGGAUGCGACUGAUUGGACAGGAAAUUAUUAUUUUCCCUUCCAGCAUAUCGGUACGAGCAAAAAAAAAAGCAGCGUAUCGAAAUGAUAGACGAGUAUUGAUGAUUUUUCCUUUCCUUUCACCCUAUUAUCUCAUUAUUUGAUGUUGCCCACGCGAAUUUAUAAACAGAAUCAUUUUGAAAUAAUUGUUUUGGGAUGGCAUUAAGUCAACAAGAUACACAACAUUAAGCAUGUUGAUUGCUGGUGAUUGGGGGGGAGUAUCGUAAGUAUUGCGAUGGUGCACUGAAUGAUGCACUCAAAAGAAAGAAAAGAUGUAAUGCCAUUGGAAUGAUGUUUGUUUAUUGGUCGCGAAUUUCUGUGUGAUCUUAAAAACGUUUGGGGUUCAAGGUGAUGAAUAAAGUACACUAUAAGUGAUGAUUAUAGAAAGAGAUUAUGGAGUGCAA